AUGUACAUUGGGCCGUGGCAGGAGUAUCGGCUGGCCAAGAUCCAGGACGAUGCGAUCCAGAGGCUGCGGCGUGAAUGGGAGGCCCAACUGCGCGGCCAGCUGCCUGCUGGAGACGAUGAUCGCAUUCGAGAGCUCAUGCAGCCGCUGGUUGCGAAGCUGCCUUCACUGUUGCUAGCUGCCAAGUCCAGGACAAAUACGCGAGGAGAGAGCAACCAGGAGACGCACGAGGAGAGAUCGGCGAGAGGUGCACCGAAUCCACCUGUUCCCAAACCGAAGAAGAAAGGCAAGAAAGCUCCAUUAACGUCGCUGGAGCAGGUUCAAAAGCGCAAGAAAAUGUUCGCGAAGUGGAUUAAACAAGCUGGCAACAAUGACGCAGGAGGACAACGAGCUACUGUCGCGUCACCUGCCAGCUCCAACGCGGGUGAUGUCGAUCUGGACGAGUCCGUUGACGAGGACGAGGUAAACAAGCUGCUUAAUUGGACCGACACUCUCCUCUCUCCACAAGCGAUGGACUCACUCUGCGAUUUUGACGACUAAAUUCCCUGGAGAACCACAAAGCUGUCAUCGUUGUCCACCGUAAAAGUGCAUUAAAGUCCAUUCAGCGUCUUCAAUGUUGAUAACCGUCUAUAAAUUACUGGUUCGCUUGCGUCUUCCCCCGAUCCCUUUGUUCAUAAACACUGUUCCAGUCACAGCAGCCUCGAAUUGACUACAUCACUGACAAGGCCGAUACUGCUUCGGC